UGUCUUGUUCUUCUUUGCUCAGCUGCGUUGGUACGCGUUGGUUCGCGAGUUUUUUUCUUGUUUUGGUACAAAAAAUCAAAUAAAAGCUUAAAAAAUAAUAUAAAACUGUGUGGAACGUUGAAAUAGAUUGAAGCAUAUAUUGAACAACACCAUUUUCUUUGCAUUUAAAGAUAUUUUGGUGUUUUUACGGCGAAAUAAAGACAACCCCAGCACGUUGUUGUGAAGGACAUCUUGGAAUCUCUACAAUCCAUUUGCAAUAUGACUAGUUACUCGACAAACAAUGAAGGUACGUUUAUACCGGCAUCACAACGGCCGGAUGGUACGUGGCGACGAGCCAGACGUGUUAAAGAUGGUUAUGUCCCCCAGGAAGAAGUCCCCCUAUACGAAAGUAAAGGCCGUCAAUUUGCCCAACGUAAGGCAAAUGCAUUACCUCCAGGCUUGUGUCCCGAAGUAGUAGAGGCUGCCCGAAGAGAACGGGAGAAGAAAGAAAAAGCUAAAGCCAAGAAAGAGGCGGCAGCAGCUGCCAACAAAAAACAACCCAUACCAGGCGUUUUGAAACUACCUGCCAAUACAAUUACCGAAACCAAGAAGCCCAUUGCCAAUGGUCAAAAACCAAAAGCACCAGUAGCUGUGCCGUCCACAUCAAGUGAUCCAAAAUCUGAAAUCGAGGAUUUAAGAGAAAAUUUAGCAAGCAAUUUGAAUGUACAAGACGAAACUCAAGAUCUCCAAAAGAAGUGCAAGAAAUUACAGAAAAAAUUAAGAGAAAUUGAUGAAAUUGAAAAGAAACUUAAAAGCGGUGCACUAAAGAAACCCGAAAAAGAUCAACUCGAUAAAGUGGCAAGAAAGGGGGCAAUUGAAAAGGAACUGCAACAGGUCCUGGCACAGAUCAGCAGUGAAAGUUAAGUUAGAUUCUAAAGCAUAAGAUAGCACAAGGAAAAAAAGAUUAAGUACUUGCAUGUUGAUAUGAAUGUUUUGCGAUGAUUAAUGAUGACAAUAGGUAUAAAGAGUUGAGAAAGCCAAGGCUUUCCAUCUUAGAAAUGUUGGAGGACUGAAUAUCAAUGGAAUUUGGAAAAGUGUUAACGUACUUUUUAUUCCUGAAAUUGUGUGGGUAUUAGAAGUGCAAAGUGUCAAGCAAAUUAUUUCAAUUGGGAUAUAUAUUUGGGAAUUUUGGAAUAGAUAGAAGGACUUCAUCAUAAAUAGAAAUGUUGCAGGAAUUGCAAUCAAAAUACAUUUUAAUAGGGUAUGCCUAUAUAAAUCCGGGCUUGUGCAAACAGAUUAUGCCAUAGUUGAUAAAAUUUAUUCGAAAUAUAUCUUAUGAGGGUUAAGCUUUAAGUAAAGUGCUAUUUCAGACCUUAAAAUCUGUUGGAUCGAGCUAAAUACGUAUCAAAUAAGUUUGCGUUUUUCCUCGAUUUAAAAAUACAACCUGCUAUAUGCUUCUAGAUGAAUAAAUUGUUGAAGCAUAUGACAAUUACUCGAUCACAUAAAUAAACGAAGAUCGAAUCAUGUUCAAAAAAAAAAAAUUCUUAGGUGGUGCAAGAUUUGUGUAGAAUCUUAAAUAUACGAAUAUAUUUAGCUAUAAUAUACCAUUUUAUUUGCCAAGAUAAGCAUUUUUAACUUGAAAAUUAAAUUUCUCCAAAAAGUACAAUGGUUUGUCAAAUUGAAAAGCAAUAUAUUAGCGUUUUGUAUGAUGUAAUACGUGUCACAUUGUCAUAAUUUUGGUUCUAUCAGAGAGUGUAGAUAGGACGAAAAAAUUAUCAAAGUCUACAGACAACAAUUUCUAAAUUCAAGGCCCACAAAAGUGUCUCGUUUCUAAAUUAUUCUUUUAAAUAAUUUUUUUGCGGCAAUGCCAUAUCAAAUGUUCGUUCAUGACGCUUCUCUUUAUCUUCCACAUAUGAAGGACUUGACUUCUUGCUUCUACACAAACCCAACCCUGAAAUAUCUUCAUGACAUCGUUAUAUAAUAACAUCAAUUCAACAAUUCCUUGUGAUUUCUUUUUAUAAAUUACCUCCUUGCUGAUCAUGUUCUAUGCGUGUAGUCUUGAAGAAUGAAAAAAAAAAAAAAAAACAACACCAAAAACACACUGGUUACGUUUUGGUUCCUUUUAUUUACUGAUUUUUAUUAAAAAUUCUAAGUACAUUUUAGUCAUUUAUAUCAAGUGUUUUAGAUCUUUCGUAAAACGAUUAUAGAUUUUGUUAAGAAUAAAUGUGUCCAUCUUUUUCCACUA